GAAUUGUUGUUGACGUGAGUGAGUCUGGCGGUGCUGCGGGAGGUUGCCGGCGUCAAUUAACUCUCACGUUUUCAGAAUAUCAUGGCAUCAUAUGAACCCCCUGCAAAACGUAUCCUCCAUAGUGGGUACUUCAACCCCACCCUGAGACAAUGGCAGACAUCAAACACCGAGAUCCACCCUUGGAACUUAAUGUAUCCAUUAUUUAUAGUGGAUGAUGCUGAUGCAGAGCAACCUGUAGACAGUCUGCCAGGUGUGACUCGGUAUGGGAUCAACAAACUUGAGGCUGCUCUAAAGCCACAUGUGAAGAAUGGACUUUCCUCUGUUUUGCUGUUUGGUGUUCCAUCAGAUAUGCCAAAAGAUGACCGUGGCUCAAGUGCAGAUUCACCUAAUACUCCAGUUAUUCUUGCAGUGAAGAUCCUUCGUCAAGCAUUUCCUGAUCUACUUGUUGCAUGCGAUGUGUGUUUGUGUGCUUAUACAAGUCAUGGACAUUGUGGCAUUCUGAAAAAGGAUGGGACUAUUGACAACACCCCUAGUAUCAAACGGUUGGCUGAACAAGCUACUGCUUAUGCCAAAGCAGGUGCUCAGAUCAUAGCCCCCUCAGACAUGAUGGAUGGCAGAGUUGGUGCAAUUAAGGCUUCACUGGCAGAGGCUGGAUUAGCCAAUCGUGUGUCAGUCCUCUCCUAUGCAGUGAAGUUUGCCUCUUCUUUCUACGGACCAUUCAGGGAUGCUGCAAAAUCAGCUCCAGCUUUCGGUGAUCGUCGGUGCUAUCAACUACCUCCUGGAUCAUCUGGAUUGGCUAUGAGAGCAGCAGAUCGCGAUGUAGAGGAAGGUGCAGACAUGUUGAUGGUAAAACCUGGCAUAGCAUACCUUGAUGUGGUACGUCAAACUAAGGACAGAUACCCACAUUAUCCACUGUUUAUCUAUCAGGUGUCUGGAGAAUAUGCCAUGUUACACCAUGGAGCCAAAGCAGGAGCCAUCAACCUCCGUGUGACACUCAUGGAAGUUCUCACCAGCAUGCGUCGAGCAGGUGCUGAUGUGGUCAUCUCUUAUUUCACACCAACUGUUCUGGAAUGGCUCAAGGAAGAGAAGAAAAAUUCAUAAAUUGGUUAAUUUAUUUAAAUGGAGAGGUAGAUGAAAUUUCAUUAUGUUGGCAGGUAUUACAGUUAUGGAAAUUAUCAAAAUUUUUGGAACUUAGAAUUAAUGCUGUGAGUACUAUACCUGCUGUACACUGAAAUCCAACAUUGUAAUAAAAUUAAAUAUAAAGGCUCACAUGAGUGUGAUACAGAUUAAAGGUAAGAUGAUUUGAUGCUUUAUGCAGGUAUUGUAUUCACUCAAAAUGUACUCCAUGAUAUAACUAUUACAGUUUUAUUUAUGUUUAUCUUGUAUAAUGUAUAGUACAUACAUUGAUAAGGAAGUGACAGUGUCAUGUCACCAACAUAACAUUGUCAGUACAGUAAGUUGAGUUUGUGGGGUUGUUUUCUGGUGGCGAGAAGGAAAAUGUGUGACAAUUAUAAGCGAUAUUUGUAGAAAGUGAAAUGGAGAGGAGAUUGUUCAUGCAGCAUACUCCUAUUAAUAUGAAGAAAGUUGCUGUAUAUUUUUUAUAUGUAAUUUUUCUUAAAUUUUUUUUAUAAAGUUGUUUAACUAUUUUUUUAGCAAUACUGUUGUUGAUUUCUAUAAUUCACAAGUGUUAGUUUGUUAUGGAUGUUUUCUUUUUAUACAAAUAACUGCAUUGAAUGAAAGCUUAAAUAAAUGAAGCGUUCAUAUCGUGUUUUACAAAGUUUUUAAUAGUUUCCUGAAGUUUCCAAAUACAGUAUAUUUGAUUAAGAACCUUACACUUAAUGAAAUACUCAGAUAAAAAGAUUUGUGAUUACUGCUUUAUAAAGUAUUUGUUUUAAAUCAUAACAUGUUCAUUAUUAUUAUUACUUUCCUUUCAAGAUUAAAGAACUAAUGGUUUUAUUAGAUCUAGUCCUAAGGGUGUGGCCACACUAGCAUGCAGUUUGCCUGAAAUGUAAUCAACAAGAAGAAAUGAAGCAUGUUUCGGACUGCCAACUCUUCCUCAUACAAUGUUAUCAGAUUAAUUUACAGCCAAAUGUAAUUUACAAGGCAUUUAAUGAUGUUUCUGCAGAUUUGUUUAAAUUCAUUAAUACAAAUUAUAAAUAACAAAUGUCUCACCCCAACAAAUGAUUUACACACAAAUUACUCAGUAAAAUUACUGGUAUGUAUGUUUCACUUCAAAGCAAUUCAUUGUUUUGAAAUAAAUAUAUCAUUAAAAAUAACUAAAUACUGUAGAUCACUUGCAUCACACAAAAUGAAGGAGUGUUCAAAGACAUAUGUACACAGUAAAACAGAGUGCAAAGCUGAUUGAGAAGCAUGAGUAUUGAUCCACCAAUUCCUGAACCUAAAUUUAAUUGAACAGUAAUUAUAUAAAGUCCGUUGCAUUGUGAAUGGUACAAAUAUUAUAGAAUACCCGUAGGAGUGCACGUUUUUUUUAAUUGCUGUAUUGCUAUCAUAUGAGGACUUUACUAUAAUAAAAAUUUUAUAAUUUAUAAAUUACAAAUUAGAGAAUGAACAUUUGUAAUGGUCAUGAGUUGAGCACAGUUAACCGGAUACGUUCAGAAUAUUUAUUCCAAUUUGGAAUAAUACAAAUUAAUAGAUAUUUCAAUAUAUGUACUUCCAGAACCACCAUAUUGUUCUAACUUAGAAAGAAUUAUGAAAUGUUGUAGAUUGCUGUACUGUAUAUAUAUUAUACAGGCAGUCCCCAACUUACGAUAGAGAUACAUUCCUGGACCCUGAUCGUAAGCUGAUUUGUUUGUAAGUGAAAACCUUGUUAAUUCCAGAGUUAAGUUAGGUUAAAUCUCAACCCUGCCCAUACAAAACAACAGUAAUAACCCAAAUGUAACAAAUAAUGUAAAUACUAUAAAUCAAGUGAUGUUAAACAAUAUAGAAUAAUGAAAACAAUAAAAAAAAAUUAUUUUAAUUACAUAUAUUUGCGAUGAAUGCAUUAGGAUCCCGUUUGUAAGUGCGGAUGAUCGUAAGUCGGACGGUCGUAACUCGGGGACUGCCUGUAUACGGUUGUUAAAAAGUUAUACAGUACACUGCAUUUUUAUUGUUAUAUUAUAGUACAUGUACUGUACUUUUAUUUGUGUUUGGUAAGUCAAAUGUGCUGACUAUUGCACAUUUUAUAUCAUGCUUAAAGCGCUUGAGGUACUUUAAUUAAAAUGUUUAUUUGGUUGUGGUAAAGCUUAUUUUUGUACUCAUAUUAGGCACUAUAUGAUGAUAACAGUGUCAAUGGUGGUUGGGUUUGUUGAUUUAACCCUUUAGCGGGCAGGGGCUCCCCUCGGCUGAAUAAAAUUGUCUGGCAUUAGCCAGAAUAAAAUCCCUAAGGGUUGCUUUGCCAUCUGAAGGGUUAAUACCUGUGAUCUUUUUUAAAAUUCCUAAAGCAAUAGUUAAUUCUAACUUUUUGUACUUUUAUCUAAAUAUAAAUUUUAUAAUCAUAAAAA